ACGUGCCACGUGAGCAUCAGAUCUGGAAUUUGCAUCCGGUCCCUGGAACCGGACCCCUGGAAAAUUUCUCCUAUUCUUAACUUAGCCCCGUUAGACGGAGUGACUUGUGUCCUUAAGAGAUACCAAGCUGCUUCCUUCAUCCGUUUACCAUCAUCAUCCGGGCACCGCUACCAGCUCCUGUACGUCUACAGGCAGCAUCGCUACGAGGACUUGCCCAGCACAUUGACACAGACGACACAUGCCCCGACCAAAAACUGCUGUAUCGCGUCCCCAUCCCACGGUCACUUUCGAUGAGCCGGAGCACACACUGACGCGAGUGCGCUCCGAGGGGUACAUGGGGCCAGCCUUGGGGGUGAACGCAUAUAGUACUAAUGCUAGUGCGCGCACAAGCUACACGAGGGUCGACCUCGCUGUAGAAGGAGAUGGAACUGGUUGGGUAGGUGAGGAAGGCCGGAGCAGUCGAAUAUGGAGCGACGACUUUGACGAAGAGGAAGAAGAACGGGAGAAACGGAACGUCGAGGGCGAGGACGGAGACGAGGACCAAGGUGGCGAGGCAGACACGGAGGGUGGCGACGUCGGUGAUGAUGAGAAGGAGACUGGUGACGACGAGGAAGAAUUCCCCAAUAUCUCCCUCACCUUCCUUCUGCUAUCCGGGAAGCGCCGAACGAUGUCUUUCAACCCGGAACACACUGUCGGGCGAGUCAAGGAGCUGAUAUGGAAUGCAUGGCCGCAUGACUGGUCCUCCGAAUCUCCGCGACCGCCAGCACCAUCAUAUCUUCGUAUACUGCAUCUCGGGAAAGUAUGGCAGGACGAUGAAGUGCUACAAGCACAUAAUCUUCCCAUUAAUGCUCCACCGACAUCAGCAACUGACCCUAACGCACCAAAACCUCCACCGACGAUUGUACACCUAUCUAUACGACCGUAUACAGCUGAAGAUGCAGCAUAUGAAGAGCAGAGGAAGAACAGAGUUGGGCUUUGUGCACGACUGGGCAAGGGGAUAGAAUGGGUUAGGCAGAGGCGAUUAGCAAGAGCGGCGCGGCAGCAGGAACAGGCGCGGCAGCAGCGGGAGCAGGAGCAGCAGAGAGAAAGAGAAAGGGAACUUGCCACUAACGAGGCAGAAGAGCAGGUCUGUUGUUGUAUUAUCUGUUAGUGGUUCUUGGACUCUGGGGACAUUCACGCAUACAUUGCUAUUAUACUACAUUCACCGGGAUCUCUGCUUGUUAUCUAUUAUAUUGUACAUCUACGAGGCCAUACAACAAAAUUGCAUGUCAGAUUGGAUUGGAUAUCUGUGCGAC